UCUGGACUCGCAGCGAUUAGGAGAGCGGAAUGCUGGAAGUACGUAUGUAACGUAUGGCACCUCUGGGAGAAGGAGAGGGUUGCCUGUUUGGAAAUCAGUAGUCCGAGUAAGUAAUUAGACUUAAAACGAUUUGUUUGGAUUUGCUCGUUUUGCCAAGAAAAAGGAUCUUGUGCUUUUUUUUUCUCUGAGAUUCGGAAGACAAAGAAGAGGAUCGCGGAAGUUUGCCAGCUUCACUGAAAUGUAGACUCAUCCUAAAUGAGGAUGGUGGUGGCGGUAGUUAUAUGGAGUUGGAAGCGGGAGCAUUUUUUCGAAAGGAUAAACGCGGGGAAAGACUGCUGGGAAAACUUUCCUUUGUCCCCCGCAGAAGAACGAGGCAGCGGUCGGCCGCUUUGGGUCGUGUAAAGCGAACUCUUUACGCACGGUCUGCGCGCACUGAUUUCCAAAAUCCAAGAUGCGCAUGUUAAACACGUGCGAGUGUAACACGCAAGGGAGACUCCGAAAGUCCAGUGUUAUGUUUGUACUUUUUCUCCUCGCGAUCGUGCCGUCCGGUCGUGGCUGCCAUAAAUGCACGUGCUCCUCAGAAACUGUGAAAUGCCAAAACAAGGACUUGGACGAGAUUCCGCAUUCCAUACCAAAUAACACUAAAAUCCUAUACGUCAGGAACAAAAUUUCCCGUCUUAACGUGAGCUCCUUCCAAACCGACCUGAAGCUAUUAACACAUCUCUAUCUCAGUGGGAAUGAGCUGGAGGAUGUGGAUGCGAUGGCAUUUGUCAGCUUGCCAAACCUCACGCAGCUGGACUUGAGCAACAACAGACUCCGGAGUUUAAAUGAAAGUGCUUUCCCGGAUGACAACAAACUGCAGCACUUGAAACGCAGGUCUUUUCACAAUGGCUCCACCAUAGAUGUGCUUCUAAAUUUCCUGCACAGUGGAAACCUCCUCCAGCUGACAGUCUUGGACAUGUCCAGCAAUGACCUUGUGAUUCUUCCGAGCAACAUAUUCACCAGCCUUCCCAGACUAGUCAACCUCAGCCUGCAGAACAACUCCAUCAUCGACAUCCAUAAUGGGACUCUCAGAGCGCCCCCGCUGCGUGACCUUGACCUAAGGGACAACAGCCUGAAGGAUCUGCCCAGCACCACGAUGGCAGAGUUCAACCUCAAGCCUGGCCUCCGCAUCCAGCUGGCAGGGAAUCCCUGGCGCUGCAACUGCUUCAUCGAAGACACGCUGAUGUGGCUGAAAAACUCCUCUCAGGUCAUCGACGUCCAGAAUCUGACCUGCGGACCCGAGGACCUGAGACGCCGACCGCUCCUGCAGGUGGAGCCGUACCAGCUGAAGUGCUUAACAGAUAUGGAGAGUGUGCUGGGGACCUCUUAUGUAUUCCUGGGACUGGUGCUGGCCCUGAUCGGCGUCAUAUUCCUGCUGGUGCUCUACCUGAACAGAAAGGGCAUCAAGCGGUGGAUGUACAACAUCCGGGACGCUUGUAGGGACCACAUGGAGGGGUAUCAUUACAGGUACGAGAUAAACUCUGACCCACGUUUGGCCAACCUGAGCAUCAAUUCAGAUGUGUGAGGGAGAAUGGGACACCAUCUGGGACCUUGCAGUGAGAUUAAAAAAAAAAGACUUAAUACUAUUAAAUUUGCAUGAAAGUCUUCCUCCCUCCACUCCCCCCCCCCCCAUGAUAUUACUUCAGACUUCACACCCGUCGUCGCUCCUUUUUACCCUUCCCAUGACUUCCCAUCAGCAACUGCCGCAUGUCCCGUACCAGUACCUGGCAGCUGUGAUGUUCAACAGCAUUGUCUCUGUGUAACAGUGCAUGGACAGUGAGUCAUGGCAAAGGGUUUUUUUUUUUUUUUUUUUUUUUUUGAACAGUUGCAAAGAGUGAUAUGUUCUAUUUUUACUUUCCCCUAAAGGAUAAAUGAAUGGAGGAACUGACUUGUAGCUGAAAGAAUAUUUGUCAAAACACUUGCUGGUCAUUGCAUCCUUCUCAUAAUGCCUCCGCUGCAGAGCAAUGUUACACUUGCUCGAGUCUGUGUUUAAUACGUGAAUAUGUGUAAUACAGUAUGCCCCCCUUUUUUCUUUUCUCUUGAAUGAUUAUAGUGCACACUGCAUAGCUCUUUGGAUUUGUUAGGUGGAUGUGAUUGCUCUUUUUUUUUUUUUUUUUUCUGUGAUGAUAUUCAGCUGAAUAAACGCCUCUGUGGAUUGCUGGCA